AUGGCGGUCACAGACGCUGUUUGCAGCCCUCCAAAUGUCUUUUGUUUAUUUCUCUUGUUUACUGUCGGUACUGCACAAAACACGACGAAGUACGACUUUAAUACGACUGCGUUUGGUUUCUACAAUUUUACGUAUAACGUUACUGAAAAUUAUCCAAGUACACAGCCUCCAGUGUUUGAGAGCACGACCCCAACACUGAGCUACGGCACCGAAGAGCCGAGCCUAGCCGCCGCGCCUCUGCCAGUCUCCGGCCGCCUGCCCACUCCGGUCACCAGUGUUGACAGGUUGUGUCCCUGCAAUGAGCACAUGGAUUUGUGUGACAUCAACUGCUGUUGUGACAAAGAGUGUAGUGAGGAGGUGGCUCUGUUCACCAGCUGCUCGGUUGCGGCUGUCAGUGGCAGUAAACAGAUGUGCAGCCGUGAUGUAGCAUCCUACUCUUUAAGAAGAGCCGUAGAUGGUUACUCAGAGCUGCAGUCGUCUGUCCAGAAGGAGAUCAACUAUGACAUCUUCUGCAUCGAGUCACAAAACCGAGUUGAUGGGUUGUCGUAUCCCGUCGCUGCUCUGCCAACCGACAGCAACUUUGUGUCGCUCUUUAAACAAUUCAGCAGCUUCAUUUUUGGUUCAGAGGAAGUUAACCCUGCAGACCCUCAGACCUCAGGUGGAUACCAGUAUGGGGACGUGAUCGUGACAGCAGCAGCAGGUGGGCAGAGGGGGAUGUUCUGGUUGCCGGCUGCUGGUGUCACCGCUGAUUGGGACAAGAGUCCUGCAGCGUUCCUAAAGGAUCAGAGCAGUCGGUGCUCCCGACGCAUGGUCCUGGAUCAGGACUGCAGCUCUCUGCCAGCCCUCAGCAUGGACACCUACACUGACACCCAGCUGUUUGCUGACACGAGUACAGAAGCAGCAGUUGUUCCUGUGCAGGCGUCUUCAGUCAUCCUACAGUCUACAGACGGGACUCAGACUGAGCUUCAGAUCAAGGGUGGAGAAAACAUCAGUCCUGUUCUCCUCAGCCCCGCCCUCUGUGGUAAUGUGGUGCUGAAGGUUGUCUAUGUGAUAAAGUACAACCCAGCUGGUGAGAUAGUGAAUGCAACGGUGUCUCUGGUGCUUGGAUUUGUAAGUGAAGCCAUACUGCCUUUGGAACAGGAGUUUCAGGUCACGUAUGUCCAGGCCGAUGGUGGGGAGGUGGGUCUCCACUACAGCGGGAAUCCGGGUUAUGUGGUCGGACUGCCACUUGUGUCGGGAACAAGAACAGCCGAUGGAAUGGUUAGAAGCAUUGACCUCAGAGACACUGUGUCUCUGCUCCGUACCACUGAGGACCAGAACUGUCUGCAGGGUCCACAUCAGCGCUCACCUGUCCUCUUUGGUCUCAGUUCUGUGUCUGGCUGCACAUUAAGGCUGGAAGAUGCUGCCAAUUGCUCCCUUGUUUCCCAACAGCUUCUAGAUAUUUUGAGAGGACUAAACUAUCCCCGUUAUGUGGCUUCCUUUGGAAACUCCCCACUGGACAAGUUCUUGGACUGGGUGGAAAUCAACAACUUCAAUCCCACAGAAGCUCAGAGUUGCAGUAUUCCAUUGUCACUACACUUAGAAAUUGAAUGGACCAAAUACGGAUCCUUGGUGAACCCCCAAGCUCAGAUUGUGAGCAUCAGAGAAGUCAUUCAGAGCAACACCAGCAGUUUGGCCCUGCUGUCCGGAGGCAGCGUAUCCUUCCAUCAUAGCUCAGUGGCCUUCAUCCCAGUGACUGCUGCAGUUCCUGGUUACAGAGCCACCCCACCUCAUGCCAGACUGCCCUUUGACUUCUUCUUCCCUUUCGUUUAAUCCAGCUCCAGUUUUCCACGCACCGUAAGAUUCACCAUAAACUUGGUACAGUGUGUGGCCGUCACUGGUACUGUUUGAUCAUCAUCCUGCUGUAUAUU